AUGCUACGCUGGAUUCUCAAUGACACGUACACGUCUAGUGAGACCUCCGCUCUGGGUGCCAGGACAGGAGUCGUCCCCGGUUAUGUCAACUACGCUCAGGACUCCGACGCGUGCCUGGUGUUCGUCAAUGCCCUAGCGGGCGAAGGCGCCGAUCGCACAGAACUGUACAAUGCGGACCAGGAUACGAUGGUCAAGACGGUGGCAGAUAAUUGCAACAACACAAUCGUGGUGAUAAAUACCAUGGGUCCGCGGCUGGUCGAUCAAUGGAUUGAACAUGAGAACGUCACUGCCGUGCUGUAUUCGCCUCUUCUAGGCCAGAAUUCGGGGAAAUCCACCUUGGAUGUGUUGUAUGGUGAGGUGAAUCCGAGCGCGAGAUUGACUUAUACGAUUGCCAAGAACGAGUGGGAUUAUAACGUUAGGGUUUAUGAUACCAAGGAGUGCGACUUCACAGAAGGCGUGUAUAUCGACUACCGCUACUUCGAUGCCUACAACAUCACUCCCCGGUACGAAUUUGGGUGUGGUCUAUCAUACACUAGCUUCACCUACACCGACCUGAAUGUCCCAUCUAUCGAAGCCCUUUCCGUCUACCCUUCAGGAAAGAAAUCUGUCGGUGGACCAGUGGACUUAUGGGACGUUAUCGCGAACGUCACCGUCAGCGUCACGAAUACUGGUGGCAGGGCUGGAGCUGAGACUCCGCAAUUGUACCUAUCGUAUCCCGAGACUGCGAAGCAGCCUGUGCGCCAGCUCGCGGCUUUGAGCGGGUGGAGCUGGCUCGCAGGGAGAGGUCGACGGUGA